AUGGCGCCACCCGUAGUAAAUAAGAUUUACUGUAACGGCUGUUCGCAGGAGAUCGUUGGCAAACAGUUUUUGAAAUGCAAUAUUUGUUCGAAGCAUUAUGACCUUUUGUGCACAAGCGUCUCAGAAAAACGAUUUCACAAUAUUAUGUCAACUGAAAAUAAAAAUAAAUGGAAAUGUCAGGAAUGCAUUAGUAAGGAACCGAAGACCGACAAUACUAAUACACCUAUAAAAUACGGUUUGCAACAAUCUCCCAAAAGUAACGACGAGGAGACAUGUAGUACAAAUGUGACUCUUCGUAACCGUACUCAUGAAAAACAGAAAACACAAACAACAUCUGUACCAGCAUCGGAUAUGGCGACAGCCGAACUGGCGAAUGAACUACGGUUAUUACGCCAAGAUAUAAAGGAGAUGCGUAAUGAUAUGCAGGAUUUCAGGGGUACUAUUGAGAGUCUCUUUGUUGCUAUUAACUCUUGUAACAAGCGACUAGACUGCCUAGAAGCUAGGAUGGAAGUGGUGGAAAAAAACCAGCAUAUCAAACCGUCUAACGACGUCUCUCUUUUGGAGAACACUAUUGCUGAUCUGAAAAUGGAGAUAAAUGACCGGGAUCAAGAGCUACUAUGUAAUGAUGUUGAAAUCGCUGGUAUCCCAGAAGAAAAAAGUGAGCGUUCUAUACACCUCGUACUGGCGGUAGCAACAAAGCUGGGCGUAAGUCUUGAGGAACGUGAUAUUGUCAGCGCAGAGCGUGCGGGUCCAUUACGUCGUGAGCCCGCUGAUAUUAAAAAUACCAAGCCACGCCCGAUUGUGGCGCGGUUAGCACGACGCACGCAUCGGGACUGUCUAUUGGCGGCGGCUCGAGUUCGUCGCAACUCCACUACUGCCGGGCUGGGACUCGAUUCCGGCACCUGUCCACUUUACCUUAAUGAAAGGUUGACAAAAUACAACCGCCAGCUGUUUUACAAGGCGCGUUUUGAAGCAAAACGUGUUGGUUGGAAGUACGUGUGGACAAGGGAAGGAAAAGUUUUCGCACGGAAAGAUAAUGGGGAGCUGCGAUAUCGGCUGCGGUUCGAAAGCGACCUUGCUAAAGUUUUUGGGCAUUAA